GGUGACUUUGCCACCACCAGUAUUGGAGAUGCUGAGCUGUGGGGGCCAAGUCCAGGGAGGGGUGGGAGUAAGGGGGACUGCAGCAGCUGUCAGGCCAUAAACCAGGCUAGCCCCUCCACUCAGGGCAGGAUGCUUGCAGUUCUGGCUUCCACAUUAGCAGUCCAGAGCAGAAGUGACAAUUGCACGGAUACGGAUCGGCUAGCACCUGGAAUCCCCUCUUUGACCGAGGGCUCGGUACUGUGGGCCCUCUUAGGAGCUGUGACACUGCUGCUUCUCAUCUCAUUGGCUGUGCACUUGUCCCAGUGGACUAGUGGCCGGAGCAAGAGCCAUCUGGGAAACGGACGCUCUGGAGAGUCUGUGGAAGACGUCCCUCUGUAUGGGAACCUACAUUAUCUGCAGACAGGACGGCUGUCUCAAGAACCAGGGCCAGACCAACAGGAUCCAACACCUGGAGGCCCCGCCAGGGCUGCAGAGGAGGUGAUGUGCUACACUAGCCUGCAGCUGCGGCCUCCUCAGGGUCGGAUCCCCAGCCCUGGAAGCCCCAUCAAGUACUCGGAGGUGGUGCUGGAUUCUGAGCCAAAGCCCCAGGCGUCGGGCCCCGAGCCGGAGCUCUACGCCUCAGUGUGUGCCCAGACCCGCAGAGCCCGGGCUUCCUUUCCAGACCAGGCCUACGCCAACAGCCAGCCCGCACCCAGCUGAGAUGGAGAGCCUGGCACAGUGGGGCAUGCAUUUGCCCCGUCUCCUCUGUUGUAGAAGUUACUGCUAUGCUCUCCGGGGUGUGACCUUUCCUAACCAUCCUCUAAAAACAGGCAGCCAUUGCUCAGUCUCAGGGGUGAUGUUCCUCGAACUUCCCAUCUGAGCUGUGAGGGAGACAUCUCAGAGGUACGGCAGGCCCUCAGUUUCUUGAGGAUGGAGGAGGCAAAUGCAGUGGCCCCCUCCCCACCUCUCUCUUUUUUUUCCUAUAUCUAUUCCUCCCAGGUUCUCGCUCCUUCUUCCAGAGUUAACCAGAUCCUCCCCACUCUGACUCCCUCAUAGUCUAACCCUUAAACCUCAGUGUCUCAUCAGACACAGGAAGUGGGGGAGGGGAGGGGGUAAGAAGACACAGAUGGGUAUCCUCCUCAGGAGCCCACAGGCUGGAGGGGUCUGGGAACUCAGUGACCUGAGGAACCCAAGCCUGGCUUCUGAUCUGAGGACCCUGGCAGAAUACCGGUCUCCAUCCUGCUGCCUCUGUCAUGUCCCUAAAUUUUUAAAUAAAACUUCUGAAAAAGUGUUUUGAUUUUA